CUCGCGAGCUGUCGUUGCGCGAACAUUCGAACAAGUCCGCGCCACAACAGGGCAAGAAGAUCCGUUCUUCGGUGUGUGCUGCACUAACCGAGAAAGGUACGUCUUGUGUGUGUGUGUGUAUAUUGUGUCCUUCAAGGUGCAAAAAGAGGACUGUAAGGACUAGAAGAGAUCGUAUUGGAGUUUGCUUCAGAAGUGUACCCAGCCUACUGGAAUGAUCUCAGCAUAAGCACAGUAAUCUGAUCCAAAUCGUCGUCCACCGGCGCACCGUUUCCUCGGGUCACACGGGUCACAGGGAAUCCGUCGUUUCAUUAUUUGGACCUAGUGCCGCUCUCGCUCUCGCUCUACCAUCUUCGCCUAGCGGUUGUUGGACAAAACCACCGUCAAAAUGCAUCGCGCAAGAACGGCUCUCCAUAUGGUGAACCCGAUGGGUCAGCAGAACUUUGGCUCGUUUCUGCUAAAGAAACAAGCCUCCAAGCUGACCACGGAACUGGUUGCCGCCUCGUCCGUAAAGCUGUACAACUCCGCCGCAGCAGAACCAUUCCUGAAUGGUUCGUCGUCAAACUACAUCGACGAUAUGUACAAUGCGUGGCUGCGGGAUCCGGCCUCCGUGCAUGCGUCCUGGGAUGCAUAUUUCCGCAACAAUUCCUACGCAGCACCACCGAGCCUAGCGCCGGUGCCGAAGAAUCAUGUCCCCGCCGCACAGUAUCUCGGCAGCUCGCUGCCAGCCGUGGCCGGCGCUGGCGCCGCCGUCGGUGGACGUAUCGACGAUAAGCUCAUUGAUGAUCAUCUUGCAGUGCAAGCCAUCAUUCGUAGCUAUCAGAUCAGAGGGCAUAAUGUGGCCCGUCUUGACCCGCUCGGCAUCAAUAGUGCAGACCUGGACGAUAAAACUCCACCGGAGUUGCUGUACUCGUCCUACCGUUUCGUACACCAACGGAUCUUGGAGUGUGUAAGCAAUGAAGAUCGGCAGCUGCUGCUGGGGAUGAAGGAAGCCGACAUGGAGCGCGUCUUCAAGCUGCCGAGCACGACGUUCAUCGGUGGCAAGGAAAAGUUCCUGCCGCUGCGCGAAAUUCUCGGCCGGCUGGAGAAGGCGUACUGCAACAAAAUCGGUGUCGAGUUCAUGUUCAUCAACUCGCUCGAGCAGUGCAACUGGAUCCGCGAGCGCUUCGAAACGCCCAACAUCAUGACGUACACGAACGAGGAGAAGCGUCUCAUCCUGGCCCGUCUGACGCGUGCGACCGGGUUCGAGGCGUUCCUGGCGAAGAAGUUCUCGUCCGAGAAGCGGUUCGGGCUGGAGGGCUGCGAGAUCAUGAUUCCCGCGAUGAAGGAGGUUAUCGACGUGUCGACCCGGCUGGGCGUCGAGUCGAUCAUCAUGGGCAUGCCGCAUCGUGGCCGCCUGAACGUGCUGGCCAACGUGUGCCGCAAGCCGCUGCACCAGAUCUUUACGCAGUUCGCUGGUCUGGAGGCGGCCGAUGAUGGCUCCGGUGAUGUGAAGUACCAUCUCGGCACGUACAUCGAGCGUCUGAACCGUGUGACGAACAAGAACAUUCGGCUGGCGGUCGUCGCCAACCCGUCCCAUCUGGAGGCGGUUGAUCCGGUGGUGCAGGGCAAGACGCGGGCGGAGCAGUUCUACCGCGGCGACGGCGAGGGCAAGAAGGUGAUGUCGAUCCUGCUGCACGGUGAUGCUGCGUUCUGCGGCCAGGGUGUGGUGUUCGAGACGAUGCACUUGUCCGACCUGCCCGACUACACCACGCACGGUACGAUCCACAUCGUGGUGAACAACCAGAUCGGCUUCACGACCGAUCCGCGCCACUCGCGCUCGUCGCCGUACUGUACGGAUGUGGCGCGCGUCGUCAAUGCGCCCAUCUUCCACGUGAACGGUGACGAUCCGGAGGCGGUGAUGCACGUGUGCAAGGUGGCGGCCGAAUGGCGUGCCACCUUCCACAAGGACGUGAUCAUCGACAUCGUGAGCUACCGGCGCAACGGACACAACGAGAUCGACGAGCCGAUGUUCACGCAGCCGCUGAUGUACAAGAAGAUCCGCGGCACCAAGCCGGCGCUGGACAUCUACGCCAACCAGCUGAUCACCGAGGGUGUCGUGACGGCCGAGGAGGUGAAGAGCGUGAAGGACAAGUACGAGAAGAUCUGCGAGGAGGCGUUCGAGCAGGCCAAGAUCGAAACGCACAUCAAGUACAAGGAUUGGAUCGAUUCGCCGUGGUCGGGCUUCUUCGAGGGUAAGGACCCGCUGAAGGUGGCCCCGACCGGCGUGAUCGAGGAGACGCUGGUGCACAUUGGCAACCGGUUCUCGUCGCCACCGCCGAACGCGGCCGAGUUCGUCAUCCACAAGGGUUUGCUGCGUGUGCUGGCCGCCCGCAAGGAGAUGCUGGAGAACAAGACGAUCGACUGGGCGCUGGCGGAAGCGAUGGCGUUCGGCUCGCUGCUGAAGGAGGGCAUCCACGUGCGCCUGUCCGGCCAGGACGUGGAGCGUGGCACCUUCUCGCACCGGCACCACGUGCUGCACCAUCAGACGGUGGACAAGGCGACGUACCGGCCGCUGUGCCACCUGUACCCGGACCAGGCACCGUACACCGUCUGCAACAGCUCGCUGUCCGAGUUCGGUGUGCUCGGAUUCGAGCUCGGCUACUCGAUGACCAACCCGAACGCGCUCGUCUGCUGGGAGGCGCAGUUCGGCGACUUCAACAACACCGCGCAGUGCAUUAUCGACCAGUUCGUGUCGUCCGGCCAGGCGAAAUGGGUGCGCCAGAGCGGUCUGGUGAUGCUGCUGCCCCACGGCAUGGAGGGCAUGGGCCCGGAGCAUUCGUCGGCCCGCGUCGAGCGGUUCCUGCAGAUGUGCUCGGACGAUCCCGACUACUUCCCGCCCGAGUCGGAGGAGUUUGCCAUCCGGCAGCUGCACGACAUCAACUGGAUCGUGGCGAACUGCUCCACCCCCGGCAACUACUUCCAUCUGCUGCGGCGCCAGAUUGCGCUGCCGUUCCGCAAGCCGCUGAUCGUGCUGACGCCCAAGUCGCUGCUGCGUCAUCCGGAGUGCAGGAGCAACUUCAGCGAGAUGACCGAUGGAACUGAGUUCAAGCGAUUGAUUCCGGAUGCACUGACCGCCGAAAACCCGAACCAGGUGAAGCGUGUCAUCUUCUGUACCGGCCGUGUGUACUACGACCUGCUGAAGGCGCGCCGUGACCGCAAGCUGGAUCACGACAUUGCAAUCAGCCGCAUCGAACAGAUUUCGCCCUUCCCGUACGAUCUGGUGAAGGCCGAGUGCGCCAAAUACCCGAACGCUGAGCUGGUCUGGGCCCAGGAGGAACACAAGAACCAGGGCUGCUGGACGUACGUGCAGCCGCGCUUCGACACCGCGAUCAACUCGACCCGUGAUUUCAGCGUCGUGGGCGACGAAGGAGCAAAUGAGGGUUACAAAGAUGUGUUUGAAGCAUACAAACCUAAAGACCGGCCGUCGACCGCUGGCAGCGAUACGCGACAGGACCCGCCGCCCGCCGGGGCAUCAGUGCAUUCGCCGCCCAGUGCCACUGCUAGCAAUAGUAGUAGUAGUAGUACCUCCGCCGACGGAACAGUCCCGCCUAAAACAGAACGCUCCUCUUGGUUUAGUCGUUUGUUCGGGUUUGGCGGCUCGCCAGCAGUCCAAACACCAACACCACCACACUCACAGUCGUCCCCCCAGAAUACCCCAUCAUCCCCCAUGCACCACACGACCACCACCACCAACCCUCCCUCCACUAACGAUAGCCGUAGCGAAAGUGCCAAUACUACUCAUAACCACAACCCUCCUCCUCAUGCCCGUAUUGACAGCGCGCAAGAAGAAAAGCUUGUGCAGCAGAAAACCAGCCAAGGAUUCAAUAUCCCGCAGGGUACCUUUAACUCUCCGACGAGCGGUUCCGCGGCCAGCAAGGGUCGCAAAGUGCGAAUCUCAUCGCGACCACUUAGCUAUGUUGGACGUCCGUGCGGUGCAUCUACUGCAACGGGCUCGAAGGCCCAACACUUGAAGGAAUUGAAAAAUCUGCUGGACGACGCGAUGGCCUUGUAAAUUACACGUUCGUGCUGUAAACGCGGGGAAGAAGGACGGGGUUGUUUACUGUUUACUGCUGGUACCGGAUGGAGCAUCCUCUGGAGUAAAACCCACCACCACGCACUACACCCCAACGGACGACUAACGCCGGCCGGAACCCGCCGCCAGAACGUGGACCUUUUUAAUGUUGUUCCCUCCCCUUGGUUUGAUCAUCAACCCCAUUUUUGAUCAAUAACGAUAACGAAUGGUACACACACACAGGGAUCAUCUAGCACGAUCGGCAGCAACGUUAUGCGUGUGUGUGUGUAGCGCGCUGGACUCUCCUAUACAUAUAUUAUUACGAUAUUACGAAGUGAAAAACACACACACAGGAUAAUACACCCUUCGACAUCCUAACGAGAGGCGGCAGCAGCAGUAAUUGGCGACACAUGCGCGCGCCCCCCCUUUUAUUGCUUACGCUCGGUUAUUUAUGAAGUUUUCGCUAGUUUUUAGUAGUUCUAUUUAAACACGAAGGCAGGUAGUGUGUAGGGAUUUGCGAAAGUGAAAGUGAACACAAAACCAGUAGAGAAAUACAUUUAAAUCCAUUAUUACACGCUCGCUCUGUAAGGUGAAUAAAAGCUGCGUGUCCAGUAGGAGGAUUUUUUGUUCUUUUGCUUCUUGCGUAACACAUAGCCCUAUCAACACUACUACUAGUACUACUACUACUACUACUGCUACCCUACACCCCUAACUGUAAUAGUUUUCUCUAGGAAGAAACAAAUGGAAAAUCAAAAAUGUAAAGCUCAUCUCUGAAAAGAGGAUAGUAAUUUACCUUCAAUACAUAGAGACACUCACGGGCUAGAGAAUACACAUACGCGCGCAUAUGAGUAUAUAGAUACAUUUAUUUUAAUUAAUUAGGAAACAAAAGAAGGAAUUAGAGAGAGACAGGGGAGUGAUGCUGCCUAAUGGCAGGCAGUGUGUGUGUGUCCUAUUUGAUUGCUUUUUUGUUUGUUUUCAAAAAAGGAUAAAAAGAAAGCGGCAAGCAAUUUAAGAGAGCAACACACAAAAUAUUUAUUUAUAUACAUUCAUAUGUUUUUUUCCCGCCCCGCCCUCGUUUCGCUGUAGCAGGAAUGACUUUCGCAGGAAUCUAGUAAAACGGAAAAUAAUAAUAGAAAUAACAGUGAAAUAGGUGGGCGCGCUCUAGUUUCACUUUUAUUUUGUUUGUUGGGUGGUAGGAUAGGAUUGAGCCACGUAACACACGAGUUCUCGUCUCACGAGUGGGUUUGUGUGUUUGUUGAAAGAGGGAAUUACACAGUCGAUACAGUGAAAUAACGGGCAGUCUGUUGCGCGUCAAUAAAUUGCACACAGAUGAAGUGAAAA